AUGGCUUCAACAGAAGGCCAUCAAGAAUAUGAAGAAGAGAAGCAAAUUCAGUCCCUUCCCAAAGAGAGAGGUUGGGCAUCACGCUAUCUCUAUCUAUUUCAAGGUUUUUGGUGUCCAUCAACUCAUAUUCAAGGUGUAAACAGUUUUCAAAACCACUUUCAGGCAAAACACAAUGAUGUUAUUGUUGCUAGCUUUCCAAAAUCUGGCACUACUUGGUUGAAAGCUCUUACUUUUGCUAUUCUCAACCGUCAACGUUUCUCUUCUUUAGAGAACCAUCCAUUACUCACUUCCAAUCCUCAUGAGCUUGUGCCUUUCCUUGACUUUCUCUUUCAUGGUGAUAACAUCCAAGACCAACUUUCUUACCUAUCCAACAUGACCGAGCCAAGAGUUUUUGGUACUCAUAUUCCACUCCCUUCCCUGCCCAAGUCAAUCAUGGAGUCCAACUGUAAGAUAAUUUACAUUUGCAGAAAUCCAUUUGACACUUUUGUUUCAUCUUGGUCCUUCUUCAAUAACAUCAAGUCAAAGUCUUUACCUGAAGUAACAAUAGAGGAAGCAUUACAAAUGUACUGCAAGGGAAUAAUUGGGUUUGGUCCGAUUUGGGACCAUAUGUUAGGUUACUGGAAAGAAAGCAUAGCUACACCAAACAAGGUUCUAUUCGUGAAGUAUGAACAACUUCAAGAAGAUGUCAAAUUUUAUGUGAAAAGAGUUGCAGAAUACUUGGAUUGUCCUUUCACGGAAGAAGAGGAAAGUAAUGGAGGGAUUGAAAGCAUAAUUAAGUUAUGUAGUUUCGAGAAAAUGAAAGAUUUGGAAGUGAAUAAAUCUGGAACAGUGGGCAGGAACAUUGAGAAAAAAUACUUAUUUCGAAAGGGUGAAAUAGGAGAUUGGAUCAACUAUUUUUCUCCAGCUAUGAUAGAAAUGUUGUCCAAAACAAUUGAAGAAAAGUUAAGUGGAUCAGGUUUAUCCUUUAAAACGCGUGCUUAA